CGCAGACCCUCGCCAGUAAGCUGCGUAGUGCCUCGAUGCUAACUUGAGCUGUUUCUUCUCACUACACAGAUCAUCAGAAACUAGAGAGAGAAGCCCGGAUCUGCCGCCUAUUAAAGCAUCCAAAUAUUGUACGCCUCCAUGACAGUAUAUCAGAAGAGGGGUUCCACUAUCUCAUUUUCGAUCUGGUCACAGGUGGGGAGCUAUUUGAGGAUAUUGUGGCAAGAGAAUAUUACAGUGAAGCCGAUGCAAGGCUUUGCUGGAACCCCAGGGUACCUGUCCCCGGAGGUGCUCCGAAAAGAAGCAUAUGGAAAACCGGUGGAUAUUUGGGCAUGUGGUGUCAUUCUGUAUAUUCUUUUGGUUGGAUAUCCUCCAUUUUGGGAUGAAGAUCAGCACAAACUCUACCAGCAAAUUAAAGCUGGGGCUUAUGAUUUCCCUUCUCCAGAGUGGGACACGGUGACACCAGAGGCUAAGAAUCUCAUUAACCAGAUGUUGACCAUUAACCCUGCCAAGCGUAUAACCGCACACGAAGCUCUCAAGCACCCAUGGGUCUGUCAACGCUCAACCGUGGCCUCAAUGAUGCACAGGCAGGAGACCGUGGAGUGCCUCAAGAAAUUCAAUGCUCGCCGGAAGCUGAAGGGGGCCAUCCUAACUACUAUGCUGGCAACAAGGAACUUUUCUGCAGCUAAGACUUUGCUGAACAAGAAGACGGAUGUUGGCAAGCCCCAGACAAACAGUACCAAGAACACCGCUGGAGUGACCAGUCCGAAGGGCCCUAUUCCUCCCGCUGCCCUGGAGCCUCAAACCACAGUAAUUCAUAACCUGGUGGACGGGAUAAAGGAAUCUUCAGACAGUACACAUACCAACCCAGAGGACGAAGAAAUGAAAGUGCUGAAGUUUUCAGACAUUUUAAGCUCAGUGAGGCGGGGCUCGGGAGCCCUGGAGGCUGAGGGACCCCAAGCAGCGGUCGCUCAGCAGCCCCUCUCCCCAUCCUUCCCCCAUUCACCUCUUGCACAGCCUGCUAGAUUUACAGAUAUAUUUAACACAGUCAGACGAGGCUCAGAAGCAGAGGGAGUGCAGUAUUCCAACACGCAGCAUCGGCUCUCCCAGCCCCACCUAAACUCUCCGUUUGUACAGCCUCGAAAACAGGAGAUCAUUAAAAUCACAGAGCAGCUGAUUGAGGCGGUGAACAAUGGAGACUUUGAGGCAUAUGCGAAGAUUUGUGAUCCAGGACUGACCACGUUUGAGCCAGAAGCUCUGGGUAACCUUGUGGAAGGAAUAGACUUUCACCGAUUUUACUUUGAGAACUUGCUGUCUAAGAACAACAAGCCAAUCCAUACGACCAUCCUGAAUCCUCACGUUCAUGUGGUAGGAGAGGACGCUGCCUGUAUCGCCUACAUACGCCUGACACAAUACAUUGAUACACAGGGUCGACCUCGUACCAGUCAAUCUGAAGAGACCCGCGUUUGGCAUCGUCGUGAUGGAAAGUGGCAGAACGUCCACUUCCACUGCUCAGGGGCCCCUGUGGCUCCCCUCCAGUGACACCUCCAGUAAUGCUCUCCUGGCUUCACCAGAAAAGAGGAAGUGCCAGAGACUUUUGGCUCCGCCGCUCAGAGAGUUCCAGCGGCGAGGAAAAGCACGUGACCGCAUGCUUGUGCCGUUCCCUCUCAUCCCUCCUCCCCUUCAACCCCUCCAAAUCCAGACUUCUUCUAUUCUUGUGGCCCUCAAUCCCCCCCCCAUGUGCACACGUAUCCCAGACAUCCACUGCCUGGACUCAUGAAGUGUUUGCAAGAGGACAAGACAAGGUUGUAGGACUAAGCCUCCUGUGUAUGUUUCCUUUAUGACAUUUAAGCAUUCUUACCCCUUCCAAAGCUGGGAAAGAGGGCGACUGUAUGACCCCCUACUAUUGUAUGGGGAGUAGGUGCAUCCAUUGACUUGUUGCAGAGAAAUAUUUGACCUUCGGCCCUCUUUCCUUUGUCUUUUUUUUUUGCUUUAUUUGGGGCUGUGGAGGGGUGGAGGGAUUGUCUGAAAUCUUGAGGGGCUGGGGGGAGAGAACUGUGACCUUCCCGUGGAGCCGUUCCUUCCUGUGUGUUUGCGCGUCCAACGUGAAAUGAGUCGUCCAAACAGAACAAAGAGAAAACAAAAAAGUGUUCUAAAAUAUAUAUAUUAAAAAAAAAACAACAAAAAAUGUUAAAAAGAAACAAUUUUUUUUUAAAUUCAUUUCCGCAAACCAGUUCUCCCAGGGGCCCCCACUGCCACCCCGUUUCUGUUGUUUUAUUUUGCUUUAGGAAUGCAAAAUAUAUAUAUAUAUAUAUAUAUAUAUAUAUUACACGAAGAACAAUAUAUAUAUUUAACAAACGGUCCAGCUCCAACAACCCCACACCCUGUAAAUAAUGGUCUUAUCCAUUGUUUGCAUUGGGAGAGCCAGUCCCAAAGCAUGGCCCGGCGCAUUUUAUGGAGUGUGCUUAUUGUCUGUCAGUUCUCAGUGAGUGCAAUUCUCCUCUGACAUGUGGGGUCAACACAUUGGAUCCAUGAUGUCACCUUUUAAUACUGACACAAACAUAAAUAUAGCAGGGAUUCCAAAAUAUACCUUAUAUAUCUAUUUCCUUUAAAGUAGCCUGGGUUCCAUUCUUCAGCCCACAAGGAGAUAUUUUAGUGAAUUCUAGAUACUAGUUUUUUUGUAGGCUAUGGCAUUUUUGCAGAAGGUUUAGGUUUUAUAGGAUUUCCUGUGUUUGCAGGGUAGAAAAGCAUAACCCAAGUAUAAUUUGGGUUAUUAUUUGAAUCUUCCAGAAUGCACGGGUUGCCCUUAAAGUGACGCGGCCACUUAUUGCAUGGAGACAGCCAUUGUGAACUAAUCAGAGGUAUUACUGAAACGGGAGGUAUAUCUGCUCUUGGCGGUGUCGCUUCUUAAAGGGCACAGAUAUAGAGAAUCUUGAACCAACAAUAUGGCUGCCUCUACGCAAAGGACGUGAGUCCACUUUAAAUGUGCUGGAAAGAAGCAGCAACCAAAUCUUCAGGGAUUGAUGGAAGCAGAAAUGCAUUUAUCUCAAAUGUGCCUGAUCUAGAUUGGUGGGACAGAGUCUUCUGCGGAACCCCAAUAGACUAAGAUGGGGUGCGUGUAGCACUCCUACCCCUGUUGCCAAUUAACUUAAGUUUACAGGGUUCAGAGCAGUGACCCCAAGGGAGAGGAGAGGCGAAUCUCCGGCCUGACUUGUUUUCAUUUGUUGCUGUUUAAUUUUCUGCAUGCCCUUUAAACAGAAAUCCUAUAAAUACAUAUAUAUAUACAUAAAUCUAUAUAUAUAAGAGAAACAAGAGGACAGCUUGUUCGUUUUAUGAAUGCCAGUGGGGUUCUUUUGCUGCUGUCUUCCUUUAAAUUUCUGUUUUCUCGUCUCUUUCUCACUCUUUUUUUCUGAGCCUUGUAAGUGUCAAAAUAAGAGGAUAAAGACUAACAGAAAAAAAAAAUCUUCCUCUUGAUUUGUUUCAGAAUAUUGCAAAAUAAAAAGAAAACUGUAUAAUGUG